GUUCAUAACUGACACAUCACAGAUGGCACUUCUCGCAAGCGUAGAGAGAUCGUCAAGCAUGCCUCGAACAAGCGUCAACGGAUUGGGCUGGAGACGAUCCCCGAGAAUAUCAAGAGCGAGACAUUCAAUGCCAUACCUGCGCAGGUUAAGGUGAAUCUCUUUGACAACAUCAUCAAGACCGCCUUCCCCAACUUCGACAAUUUGAUCGUCGCAUCGUGGAAUGUUGUCUCGGUCUACGCCAACGUCGGCAGUGACUUCCCGGAGCUUCACAAGGCCGUCGUUGAGCUGAAGGGAGCACUCGAGGAGUUCGAGAGCGCGUACGCGCCGCCUCGCACUAUGAGCGGGAAGAGCAGGAAGGAGUCCACACCAACCCAGCAAAAAAGCAACAGCGGAAGUCGCACAUCGACACCAGUAAAGGAGGCUAGGGGAACGCCAGCGCUCGCUGCUCGCUCGCACGUCGUCAUCGCAAGCCAACGCCAUGGCGAUAACAGUGCCACCGCCCAGCGAUACCAGGAAGACUCGGACGGCUUCCAGCACCAGAUGCCGCCUCCCCGCCUCCUGCAAGCAACCCAGCAGCACCACGAAACGAGCACUCACGAGGCCGAGCACCACCCAGAGCCCCCACAGCCCUCCCGCGCCCGCGCCCACUCCCUCCCGCGCCACGCGCCCGAAUCCAACUCAGCGCCAACCGCACCGCGCACUCCCACGUGCUCACCAAACGACCACCCCCCACCUCCCCGCGACUGCACACGUAAAACCCGCGACCGCACCGUCGACAAUCCGUCCGCGCACCUUCACGCCCCCGGCUCAGAGCUGCUGCGCAAGCGGCAGGAAUACACGGCUUCUUUGUCCAAGGCGAAUAGCAGCAGCAUCAGCGCCGCGCUGGGACAGCUCGCACAGCAGGACGAGAAGCAGCAGUUUGAAGCUGAUCGCGAGCACGGGCUCGAGCAGGGCUUUGAGCGGGCCGGGCCUGAGCUGCGUAGGUCGGGCGCUGGCGCUGCGGUAUUUUUGGGGAACUCAGUGCUCGGGGGGAAGAAGAUGGGGGGUGUGCCUGUAGCGCCUAUGGCGCAUGUGAGGAGGGAUGGAGGGCUGGGUGGGGUGAGAGGGAGGAGGGAGUAUUAGUGAGAGCUGGGAUGUGAGGUCUGGAUAUCUCAAGUAAGGUUGUUGACAGCAGGAUGAGGGUAAGCAUACGGUCCUGGGGGUUCACGAACCAAGAUACGCUUAAAGGACGAGGUCUAAAGGACGAGG